UGGGUAUGAGUGUAUGUCUCGCGGAUAAAAUGAAUGUGUCGGCCGAAAGUUAUAUCACUUCACCGUCGCUUUUCAACUUCUCUUGUACGCCAGCAGAUAAUCAGUAGUAAAUCUAAACGAUAUUUAUCCACAAUGGUAAUUCAGCAAGCGAAACAAGUGUGGAAAAAGGCGGACGCUGUCUGUUUUGACGUGGAUAGUACAGUCAUAACGGACGAGGGCAUCGAUGAACUUGCCGCAUUUUGCGGAAAAGGGAAAGAAGUAUCACAAUGGACUACUAGAGCAAUGGGAGGGGGUAUUCCAUUCAGAACAGCACUUAGGGAGAGACUGGGAAUUAUUAAUGCAUCAAGAGAGAAGCUUCAUGAGUUCAUAGAGAGAAAUCCUGUCCAUCUCACACCAGGAAUAAGAGAGCUAGUGAAUAGGCUUCAGGAACAGGGUACUGCAGUUUACCUUGUAUCUGGUGGAUUUAGAAGAGUUAUCCAGCGUGCUGCAGAACAACUUGAUAUACCAGAUGAAAAUAUAUUUGCCAAUAGACUGCAGUUUGAUGAUGAAGGGCAUUACAACGGCUUUGAUGAAAAUGAGCCCACCUCAGAUUCUGGAGGGAAGACCAGAGUUCUAAAGCUUUUGAAAGAAAAGUAUGGAUACAAAAGUUUGGUUAUGAUUGGUGAUGGGGCUACAGACCUAGAGACAUUUCCAUCUGCAGCUGACACAUUUAUUGGCUUUGGUGGUAAUGUUGUGAGAGAAAAGGUGAAGGCACAUGCUCCAUGGUAUGUGACUGACUUUAAAGAGCUUUUAAAAGAGCUAAACCCAUCCUCUCAAAAUGGAGCAACUGAAAAUGGAGCAUCAGAACAUCUAAUGAAUGGAUUGAAUGGAGCAAGUGAACAUGUAAUCUCUGGAGUAAAUAGCAAACACUACAUUUGAAGGAAGCAAUGCAAUGAACAGAUCUGUCAGGACACAGGAUUAAUUUUCAUUUGAGAGACAUUUUAAUUAUAUACCACAAUCCAUUGCAUCAUCCAUUGUGUGCUGACUUUUACAUAUCAAUGAUAUAAAUAAUUAUUUAUUGACAGUACAAAAUAAAUGAAUCUCAUGAGAGAGUUUUAAAUCAAAGAAAUUAUUUUCGAUUGACAACAGUGUUCAAAAAUUUUCAGUAGACAUUGUGGCCUCAAGAUUAUGGCUGUACAGUCAACUAACCCAGGAAAUCUUUUUAUAAUUUGAGGUUUCUUCAGAACACUAGAGUUAUGGUCUUACCACUUCUGUUGAACAUGAACUGUUUUUUCCUACACAGCGUUGCAAAAUAUAACUCGAUGUCUCUACUAAUGUUAUGCUAUUUUCAAGUGGUACAGUAUUUCUUGGCAAAUGUAAAGCUGUUUCUUUUUAAAGCUAAUAUAUCUCUUUUGUAAAUGUUGUGAUCUGCUUGUUAUUCGAGAUUGAGAGUGACAUAAACAAAAACAACUUUGAUAUUAA